AUCCACCUGACACGAAACCCCAAUUGAUAUAAUCUUAUCAAAACAAAAGUGGGAAAAAUAAGAUAAGACUGAUAAGACGCUGUGUCACACAUCAUACAAUCGAAAAAUGAAGUUUCACAUCUUCGUUCUUCUUUUUUGCUACAUUUCUAUUGCCAAUGGAGAAGACCCUGACAGUAUUUGCAACUCUUGUAGUUGUUCGACGAGCGACAACGCCCAAGUCAUGAACAUAAACUGCGUGAACAGGAAGUUGCAACAUGUAGGGGGUUAUUGGGACGUCAAAAACGAAACGAAAUUUGUGAAGAUCAGUUUCGCCGGGAGUGACAUGCCAACCUUGGAAGCUAUGCCUCAGACCCGCGCUGAAGUAGAGAUUGUCUUGACUAGGUGCAACAUCAGGUAUCUCAGGCCGAGUUUGUUCGCAGACACUCCAAACGUAAAAUUUGUGGAUUUGAGCCACAACAACCUGCCAGCUGAAGAAAUCUCCUCUGACAAGUUCAGAGGUCCCUACAACAACACCAUCUACGAACCCAUCGCCUUGGAACACCUCGACCUCUCCUACAACCAAAUCCACACCCUACUCAAAAACGUGUUCGAGCACAUGCCCAACCUAAAAAUCCUCAACGUAGAAGGCAACGACUUCAAAGUUUUGGACGCCCAUACGCAACUGGCUCUAUCGUCGAUUCGUGGCUUACAAGAUCUAAACCUGGCCAACAACGAACUCACUGAAAUGAUAGUCGGAGCUAUCGACGCACACGAGAACCUAACUCAUCUCGACUUGUCCAGGAACUUGUUGGAUUUCGUUCCACCUAGUUUGGCACACAUUGGGAAAAGUUUGGAAGUUUUGAACGUGGACGGAAAUCCACUCAUCGAGUUCGCGUCGGAAACGUUUCUCGGUUUGGGGAACAUCACCGAACUGUCCGCGAACAACCUAACCAUGCUUACGUACAUCAACGCGAACACUUUUGCAGCCAUGCCGAAACUGAAGAAGCUGAGUCUUUCGGACAAUUUCCUGCUGGUGGAUAUCGACAGGGAGGCUUUUGGUAUCAACCAAACACUGGAAGAGUUCUACUUGAAUAACAACGAACUCUAUCGUCUCGACUACAAACUUCUCCCAUGGUCACAACUCCACGUCUUCCAAUUCAAAGAAAACCCCCUAGAAUGUUCGUGUGAUCUCUACAACAUCACCACCCAACUUUCUGCUGACAUAAUGCGCGAGGAAGACGGACCAUAUUGUGAAGAUCCUAGAACUGGACGUAGUAUUCGUGUGUUCUACUUGAAAAGCGACAUUUGUUCGUAUAAACGAGAAUUAUCCUCACAUAUAGAUUAUAUUCAGCAUCAUUUCUCUAUGGUGAGGGUGGCUUUGGUUAUCUUGUGUGUCACUGUCUUGAUCGCUGGUAUUUUGGCGGCCAUCUUGGGUUUCGUGCGGUAUAAGAAGUAUAGAAGAGAGUCGAAUUAUCCAUAUGCUUCUCAGAUUGCUUACAAUCCUAUAGCCACCACACCAAAGUACUGAAGAAAGGCUACAUCUGAAGUGUUACCUUAAUUCAAUUUUUUUUUAAUUUUCGUUUUUUAUAAAAUAAAUUUUUAUAAAUGAAAU